AUGAGCUUUAACUUGCCAAACCCGAGUCUUUUGGGGAUCUUGUUUGUUAUAUCGACUCAUAGCGGGCCGCAAUUAGUAUUUAAGUAUCCUCCAGAUUUAUCAAAUGAAAGGAUCCAAAAAAGAAUACGACGUAAAAAGGUAAAAUCGGCUUCGUUUGGUAGAAAUUCAAAUACUGAUAUUGAUGAUACUUCAUCUUCAGAUGACGAUGGAGACGCAGAAGAUGAUUAUGAAGUGGUGGACUCAGAUGAAGAUAGUAAUGUUCAAGAAUUUGAAACGGAAAACGAGUGGGAUAGUAGCCAUUUAGAUUUCUAUAUGGGUACUAAAAAGGAUAUUUUUUCAUUUCUAGAUGAACAAGAACGACAACGAAAAUUGAAAUUGAAAAAAUCAGAAAACGAAUUGAACUUUAAAGAGAAACCACAUAACUCAAUUGAUGCUAUUAAGAUUUCUGAUAAUGAUUUUUCAAGUAAUCUUUUGGGGUUUGAACCGGAUUAUUUAAGUGAAAUCUUGACUCCUCCCAAACAAAUGUGCAAUUCAAGGUUUGAAAUUAUGAUUGAAAAUUCAAUCUUCCUUGGUCUUCCAAUUCAUAAUUAUGAUGAUGGUUCUUGGCGAAUUACGAAAAAGAAACAUUCAAAAUCAAAUAAAAAUGCUGAUGAAGAGGAUAACGUUAAUAAUAAUGAAAAUAUAAAACAUUCAAUGAACAUGUUCCAUGUGGUAUUCAUAAUGAACCCUCCCAUCAUUGAAUGUAAUUAUCGUAUUGAUGAAAUGUUUCAUUAUGUUAUAUCGAGAUUGUCUUUGGUCUUAAGAUAUGAACAACUGAAACAUGACUACGUUUGGAAUCAAGUUAAAUUAAUAUCAAAAUUGAAAAAUGAAUGGAAACCGUCCUCUAAUAUCUCGUUGAAUAAUUAUUUAAUCAUGAAAUCUUCUUUGGCAAAAUUAAUCGCAGAAUGUUAUACUUCUAUUUCUUCUUCCAAAAUUGCUAACUUAUCAAUUAAUAAUAAAUUAAGAUCUUUCCAAAUCCCAAUCAAAACUGAGUUCCACUCACUACCUGAUUCAACCGUUCCUUUUUUACCCGGUUCUCAUCUUUCUUCAACUGUUAAUAUGUUGGGGAAUACUGGUCUUAUUAACGUUGGUGAAACUACCAGAUAUGGUAUGAAUGAUAAUGAAGAUUCUGAUGAAAUCGCUAAUGCUGAAGAUAUCAUUUAUUUCGCUUUAUUACUCUUGGAUGAUCCUGAAACUAUCAUUAAGGAUAUUAGAGGUGAACUGCAUAGUACCCUUGCAAACUUUAUCAGAAUGAUAAAACCAACUGAGUCUUUAUUGAAAUUAUCAAAUAAACUUCAACAAAGUGAUAAUUCUAUUUCAGUUGAUAUUAAUCAAAUCAAGUCAUUCGCUUUUCAUUUGAUUUAUUGGAGAAGGGCUAGAGUUAUUGCACCGCUAAGCACUAGGUCUGUUUAUAUUGUUUCUCCUAUGGCUCCAAUCACUAUAAACUUGCACGAAGAUAUUCCAAAAUUCAAAGAUUCAUUCCAAACUUUACCUUCUUUGCCUCAUUUCCUAAAAUCAUUAUCAACUCGGUCGAGAAAGCCAAAACAAUUUGCUACUAUUAUCCCUUCGAAAGACCAUAGGGAUAUUUAUUUGAACGCUUUAGCGUGGUUGAUAAGAUUCGGUUAUGUUACUCAAUUGCAUACGUUUAUUUGGUUAAAGAUAUCAAGAAAAGUAAAGUUAAAAGUUGAAGAAGACUUGGAAUAUGAAUCAAGUAAAAUUGCUAAGAGAAAGCGUGACAGUGAUGCAACGGAUAAAUUGACAUCAAAUGUUAGGUCGUCUGGUACGACUGAUAAUACUUCCAAACAGAUCGAUGAAGGCCUUUCAGACAUAAGGAACUAUAAGGCCAACAAUGUCUCGACUUCGAGUUAUGAUCCAGAUCUUGAGUUGUUAGAUAAAAAUAUUAAAUCUCUCAAUUUGGGCCCAAAUAUUGUCUUGGAAGAUGAUGAAGAUACUAUUGUAAUUGAUCCCGGUAGAGCUACAACUUUAGAAAGAAGAUGGAUUAAUAAAAUAAUUGAAGAUGAAUGUAAAUUAUCCCCUGAAUUAACGGGUGUGUUUUUCAAAUUGCUAAAGUACAUGAAUGGUAAGAACUCUUUAGAAUUGCUCCUCUUAAAGGAAAAUAUAACUCGACAUGAUUUAAGGAAAUUACUUUUCGCAAUUGAAGAUCAUAUCAUAUCCGUUAGACACUGGUAA